AUGUCUGGUCUCAUCAACAAGGUCAAGGAAGCCAUCCACUCGGACAAGUCCACCGAGCAGCCUGAGGGCACACACGGACCUCACUCCUCCAGAGCCGCCAACACUGCUGAUCCCCGAGUUGACUCUGACCGCGAUCACCGUGCUGGCCACUCCUCCAACCUCACUGGCACUGGCGACUACUCGACUGGCACCAACUACACCACUGAUACCCGCAACACCCGUGGCACCGAAGGCCCUGCCACCAGCACUGAUGGCCCUCACAAGUCCAACGUGAUGAACAAGAUUGACCCUCGAGUCGACUCUGACCGCGACCACAGCCGCAACAUGGGAGCCAACCCUCACGGCACCUCUGGUACCGGCGCCUACAACGCCUCUGAUUCUACCCGAACCGGUGGUAUUGGUGGCACAACUGGCACAACUGGCAUUGGCGGCACAACUGGCACGACUGGCAUUGGCGGCACAACUGGCACGACUGGCAUUGGCGGCACAACUGGCACGACUGGCAUUGGCGGCACAACUGGCACGACUGGCAUUGGUGGCACAACUGGCACGACUGGCAUUGGUGGCACAACUGGCACAACUGGCUACUCCAGCCGUGACACUUCUCUUCCUGAGGGCACUGCCGGCCCCCACGGCUCUCGCAUCGCCAACGCCGCCGACCCUCGCGUUGACUCUGAUCGUGAUGGUAGCCGCACCGCUGGUACUGGUACCUAUGGUACUUCUGCCACCGGCCACACUGGCACUCACGGCACUCACGGCACUCAUGGCACUCAUGGCACUCAUGGCACUACCGGUUUCGGAAGCCGUGAUACCUCUCUCCCCGAGGGAACUACUGGCCCCCACAGCUCUCGCAUUGCCAACGCCGCUGACCCCCGUGUCGACUCUGACCGCGACGGCAGCCGCACCGCUGGUACUGGCACCUAUGGCCAGACCACCGUUGGCGGUGGAAUCGGCGGUACCACCGGCACCUCUGGCUUCUCCAGCGCCGGUACUGGUGCUCACGGCCCUUCCGGUCACUCUUCCGGUCUUCCUGAGGGUUCCACUGGCCCUCACAACUCUCGCGUUGCCAACGCUGCCGACCCUCGUGUCGACUCUGACCUCGACGGUAGCCGCAAUCUUGGCAACCGUGGUGCUGGUGCUGGCACCACCAACUACGGAUCUUCCACUGGUACCCACGGUACCCAGGGCACCAGCCUCGGCGGCGCUGGCGGCGCUUACGGCACCGGCCCUGCUCCCAACACUGCCGGUCCUCACAAGUCCGACAUGAUUAACAAGGCCGAUCCCCGCGUGGACAGCGACCUCGACGGCAGCAAGACUGUCGGCCGCGACAAGACUUUCGAGCGCUCGAACGACUAUGCUGGCAAGGACCCCACAGAUGCGGCCCAGGUUCCCCCCUCUGUCCUGCAGAAGCAUGUGCCAUCCGAGGUCCAUCAUGAGCACGAUGAGCACGACCACACGCGACGACACAGCGUUUCCCACCAGGAGAAGCACCGGGGUCUGUAA